AUGGACCCGGCCGCAACAGAUGGGAGCUGUGACAACAUGAACUCACCGCCCGCCAGAUCAACUGCCGGCAGCCAAGUCUCGCUCACCGGAGGGCAGUUCAUCAACUCAAACAUAUCUGCCUCACCCCAGAGUCUCCCGCUCGAGUCUUCGCGGCAGCCCCAAGUUUCCUCGCCAAACAGUUACUCGUCAACGACCUACCUGAGCUCGUCGGCCGCAGAGUCAUCUUACCUCCCCACACCUGCCUCUCAACCCUACUCCCCGUUUCCGGUCCUAACUCCGGCCGGCCUAAAUUCGAGCUGGAGUCAGACGGACCAGCUGCAGUCGGACUCUACUUCGUCUCUUCGCCAACAACAGGGCAGGACGUCACUACAGCCAUUGACAUCAGACUCUCGCCAAACAGAGAGAUCAUCCGACAUGAGUACUGUCGCUCUCCAAUUUGAUCCGGCCUUCUCCAUGGGACCAAGGUCGGCCUUCACUUGGCCAGGCCCUCUAGAGUCGAAUGCGUCUGGAAAUUCGAUGAUGAGCACUGGUCUGUCAUCAAUGGGUCCGGUCUCUGGAACCAGCCUCUCGCCACCACCGCAGUCGAGAUCACUGACCUCGAGCCCACCACGACUAUCCCUUACAACAGACCAGCGAGAACUUAAGCGGCACCAAGACAAAGCACGUCGGGACACAAGACUAGUGAGCCGAAUGCGCAGAGCCAGCAGCAAUUCCUACGUCGAUUCCCCGCCGCCAGCCAUGGGGCUCCCCAGUGCGACGACUGCCAUGAAUCUUCCAGCCUACACAACUUCUCCGGCUCCCGUGACUCUCAUGAGCGAACCGGCGACGACAAUGGGAGGCUCGACAUACCUACAGUCCUACAGCUCAGCGACGAUGGAGGACCAACAAGCACAAUCAGCAUCAGUGUACCCAACAGCAUACCCACAGAACUUACAAGCCAACUACAACAUGCCCGUAGACUAUGCGGCAGUUUAUGCAGGACCCGGGCAUUACAGCACGCGACCGACAUCCAUACCCGUUGGCCAGGACGUUGGUUUCAUGUACCAGGUACCGGCCGUCAUGGGCUCGGGCAGCACCAGCUCACACGAGGGGGGACACGUCCGAGUUGUGCAGAGCAGGCCAAAACCACGAUGCUGGGAGCACGGAUGUAACGGACGCCAGUUUUCGACAUUUAGCAACCUUCUGAGGCACCAACGCGAAAAGUCUGGACAAGCAGCCAAAGCGACGUGUCCCAACUGCGGAGCUGAAUUUACAAGGACCACCGCUCGAAACGGACACUUACUUCACGACAAGUGCAAGGGUCGACGAAACACUUGA